AUGCUUCUACAAACCGCCACUAUCUUCUCAUCACUGAUCCAACCGCACAAUCACUGCUAUUGUUAUUCCAAGAAUCCAACUCAAAAACCUGCUUUUUGCUUGCCAAAAACACUUUUUCUGCCCAGUCUUGAAUCUCUUGAUUGGAGGUUCAGUAAAUCAAGUAAGAGUUCACUCAACAAUGUUACAUCCACUAAAGCCACUUUGCUCGAGACCCCCGUCUUGUGGGCUGGCAGGAUUUGCAUUUUCUAUGCUCUCUUGAAAGCUGGCCUUGCUGGAUCUCCUGCUAACCCACUUGUCUCAGAUUUGGAGAGUGGAGAUGAUAAUUUUGGUUUCUCAAGGUGGAUUGAGGAGUUACAGAGCGGACCGGAAAAGGAGGCUACUGAAAGAAGAAAAUUUGUGAGCAAAUGGCAUCCAACAACAAAGGGUACCCUUAGGCGCAACUACAGGGUCCCAUCCAAGUCCGAAGGGAGGCGUCUCCUUAAGUCCAUUGCUUCUUUACUGUCAGAUGAUGAUCACUUUAGAGAUGCCACAUCCCACAAGGGCUGUCAAAUUAGGAGGGAAAAUGCUCAUGGAGAAAGCGUAUGUUGCAACAAUGUAAGAGCUUUAUUCGAUGAGCUUCCAACACCACACUUGAUAAUCGAAAUCUCACCUUUUCCAGCUGGUCCUCUCAGUGACAACGAUUAUGCAAAGGCUGAGAAACUUGAGAGGGUUCUCAGAUCCAGUCCUUCUGUUUGA